AGUUCUCGCUUUUCCAGAAAACCGGAAGUAAAUAGUUGUCACAAACGACCCGUUAAUUUAGGGUUUUUUUCCCCGCCUGUUUGUUUAUAUUGAGGAGAACAACUAUAGCCGAAUUGGUCACUGACGGUUAGUUUCUGCUGCGCAACGGGUUUAGUGCCGAUAACGGUCAAUAAUUCACUGUGACGGUGAAAACAAGUUAAAAUCAUCACGAUUCUAGGUGGAGUUUGGUUCGAGACCGUUAAUCUGUCACAGCAGCAGUAAAACAGAGGUGGAGCCUCUGCUCUCUGCUCUCAUUGUCCCUCUUCGCUCGCCGUCGUCCUCUUGUGUUUAACUAACCCAGUGAUUUGCGUCGCUUCUGCUCAAUCACAACUCAGGUGUUCGAUCGUCACGAUGAAUCGAUUAAAGGUGAUCUCGGGUCACGUGUGUCCCUCUGACCGCGGCCGGGACUUACGCGGGUCCGACUGCGCAGCGGGAACCGGGUCAGGCGAAGCAGCGCGAGGCAACAACCCGGAGGACGUGGUGGUGGUUCACGGUGUGAGGACUGCCAUCUGCAGGGCGAAGAGAGGAGCGUUCAAGGACACCACACCUGACGAGCUGCUCAGCGCUGCCAUGACGACGGUCGUGAAGGAGGCGGGACUGUCGCCGACAUUGCUGGGAGACGUUUGUGUGGGUAACGUCCUGCAGCCUGGAGCUGGAGCUCUGAUGGUCCGAGUGUCUCACUUCCUCAGUGGGUUUCCAGAGAAGGUUCCGGUCUACAGUGUGAACAGACAGUGUUCCUCAGGUCUUCAGGCUCUGUUCAACAUCGCAGGAGCCAUCAGGAGUAAAUCCAUCGACCUCGGUCUGGCCUGUGGCGUUGAGAGCAUGUCUCUGCGGUCAAUGGGGGAACCUGGAGAUCUGAGCUCCCGGCUGAUGGACCACGACAAGGCCAGAGACUGCAUCAUCCCCAUGGGCAUCACAUCGGAAAACGUUGCAGAGCGAUUCGGAAUCUCCCGAGAGAAGCAGGACGCCUUCGCGCUCAGCUCUCAAAAAAAGGCGGCACGGGCGCAGAGUGGCGGUCUUUUCGACCACGAGAUUGUUCCUGUCACGACUAAAUUAGUGGACGACGAAGGUCGCGAACGUCAAGUGACGGUUCGUAAAGACGACGGGAUCAGAGCGGGGACGACACUGGCGGGACUUGCUAAGCUCCGCCCUGCUUUCAAACCUGACGGCAGCACCACAGCAGGAAACUCGAGUCAGGUGAGCGACGGAGCAGCGGCCGUUCUGAUUGGUCGGCGUUCUGCGGUGGAGGCUCUGGGUCUGCCGGUGCUGGGCGUCCUGAGGGGCGGAGCCGUGGUUGGCGUUCCGCCUGACGUCAUGGGGAUCGGACCAGCGUUCGCCAUCCCAGCUGCUCUGGAACAAGCCGGUCUGAGUUUGGACGAGAUUGACGUGUUUGAAAUAAACGAGGCCUUCGCCAGUCAGGCGCUAUACUGUGUGGAGAAGUUGGGGAUUCCCCUGGAGAAGGUGAACCCUAACGGGGGCGCCAUCGCGCUGGGUCAUCCUCUGGGCUGUACCGGCGCUCGCCAGGUGGUGACACUGCUCAACGAGCUCAAACGCAGAGGCGGGAGGAAGUACGGCGUCGUGUCCAUGUGCAUCGGGACCGGGAUGGGAGCUGCCGCCGUCUUCGAGUACCCUGGACCAUAGGGCACGCCCACAAGUCACGAGCGGGUGAAAUCAUUGGUUCAUGAACAGAAACGAUAAAUUAUAACAAUCAGUUUAUGAAUAACAAAUAUAAAACUAAAAAUAUUAAUUAUUGUGAAAAUGUCGCUGCUUUUCUUUGUAAGAAAAAUCAGUCGAUGAUGAAAAUAAUCAUUAGUUGAUCGUAACAGCCUACCGGUCACCCGGUCGCCGUGGCAACAAAAACUAACUCUAAACACAAAUUAAACAAUUUUAAACUAAUUCUUACAAAUGUAUUAAAAAUCCGAAAACGCUUCCGUUCAGUGAGAACCUCGCGUUUAACUAUGAACUUCACGCACUUGUGGUCAGUUUGAAUUGUAGCGCCCCCUGGAGUCCACACAUUCAAACUCAAAACAUCGAGAAGCUUUUUCAUUUUUACUGUUCGUUGGUUCGCGUCAUACGGUCUCUAUUGCCCCCGGUGGUCACUGAUAACAUGUCGCUAAAUUGUUAUCAAUGAAAGACAAAAGUAACGUGGACAAGAUUAGCCCACGAACUUGGCUACAAUGUUAGCAGAAAUCCCAGUUCACACUUAUGUUACCGGAAACUUGCACUGCCAGCCACUGGGGGCGACACUCAUGAUUCCAAAGGUGUAUCUGAAAACAAUGUUUAAAGAAUUUUAUUUGCGUUAAUGAAGAGAAACUCAAAGAUUGUGCGAUAACAUUUUCAUAAAGACGUAACAAAGCGACGUUCCCAUCAAACACAAAGCUAAUUUUUCAAACAAAGUCACAUAUAUUUGCGACAUUUGUUUGAGUUAAAGUAUUUUUAACUCCAUGUCGUGAACGCAUGGAGAGAAGUUUUGUCGCUCAAAUCAAAAUCCCGCAAAAAAAGGGAAAUUUGGGUCACGAAAAAGUCAAUGGAAAGAAACAGCGCCCUCUACUCUCCUCGUUUGAGGAAGAUAUUUAAAUAUUCGCAUAUGAUUUGCGCAAUGAUUUGUUAAAAUUAGCUUCAUGUUUUGUGGGAGGAGUUACGUGAACGACGUAAAAGCACGAAAGAAUGUACGUUACUCUGUAACCAUGACAAUAGGAGUUUGUUGAUUUGCUGUAAAAUUAAAACAUUUCAACGAUUUCAACGUA